GGGCCGCGGAGCAACUCGUGAAAUCUGCUGAGUGGAGCCGGGGGGAGGAACAUCCCUCAGCUGGGGGCUCGCCGGGUUUAUCUGCCGUUUGCUUCGCUCCCGGCGGUGUGGCCGCAGUUCAGAGAAGACGGGAGGCAUGUUGGAAACAAAACAUGAAGAAAAUGGAAUUUAAAGGGAUUUUUUUUUUUUUAAAAUCAGCAGCGCUUGCUCUCCAGAGUUGGUAUUACGUGAUCUCAGAUGACUCAUAUCAUCCUGCCGAAUUCCUGACUUGAUUUUGAGCUUGGGAGAGAACAUAUUUUGUAUUCUUCCAGGGCUUGCUCAUGCCUUGUGUUACAGCCACAUCGUGCUGUAUUUGCUUCCAGUUCCUGUUAGUGUGAGCCGUCUCUUGAGUUUACGUUUUAAAAAGUCAUUUCCCUUCAAUUAUAAUUUUUCUGAUGGAUUUCUGGUUUCCUCCUGGCUUGCUGGUGUGGUAGUGCAGGGUGGAGUUCAGAGGAAGUCACCCUGAUGCCGUGGCUCGGCUGUGCAGAGGGAGCCGUGUGAAGAGACGUUGUUCAAGGAUGUUUGUAAAAACAAAUCCUCAUAUGUGAAUUUGUUUUUGCAGAACCGCUGCCGAGAAAAACAAACCCUUUGAGAAGAAAAUGACUGGUACUAGCACUGAAUGAAAUAUACUCAGAUGGUUUAGGAAAUGAAAUAAAUGUAGUGGGAGGGGGGUCUCCCCCUGGCAAAAGAAGAGCCCCCCAACUAAACUGUUGGUGUUGGCUGCUUUUCAUAUUGUUCAAAUGGUUGGAGAGAUGGAAGAUUUUAGACUGUGUACUGAAGAUCCUCAGACUUUGUGGAGGCCAGAAGGGUUGAUGUGGUUUUUAGACAGAGCUUACUGGCACAUGAGUUGCCUUUGUGUACAGAAAGAAACUCAUUGAAAGUAAUUUUAUCUCUGAUCAUCCUCUGUGGAGCUCCUGCUCCACUUCUUCCAUCUUAGGAGGAAGCAAGGUGUGAUGUUGCUCUUCAACCUUAAACCUGCUUGUCUUAGGGUCAUGGGUGGACUGUUAAAUCUCAAGAGCUUUACAGUUUUUUAAUACUGUUAUAUUAUGUGGCCCGAACUUUGGUUCAUUCAGCCAUCUUUCUUCCUCCUUUAUUAACUGUUUAAAUGAUCCUUUUAUUACAGUUGCCUGAGAGGUCAUUUUAAUGGCUGGGCUCUUUUUCCUCCUUGUCUUUAAGUGCUGCUAUAAUACUGUCCUGUCCAUUCAACCAUCUGCCCAAAAGAAAGCAAAAAAAGACAUUGGGGGGCAUAGCUCACAUCAUAACUGCUGUUGAAUGAACUGAAUGUAUAUGUAGCAUCUAAACCCCUGUCUCUUAUUUUGUACAGUGUGUGGGAGUAGCACAGGCAUGUACACCACCACCAGAUUUCAGUGGGUGUUGUACAGGGUAGCACAGAGCAAAGUGGUAAAUGUCCAAAGGAAAUAAAACUACAAAGAUGAGUGACGAAGGAGAAAGCAGGAUAUUCUUGUUAUGGUAAUGCGUGCUUUCAGUGAUGCAUAAUUGUUGCAGCGAAGUUAUGAAGGAUUUACUUGUUGCCCUGUAGACUAACCCUGACGUGUACUUGGAUCGGGCUUGGAGGAUCUGUCAGUGUCCCUGUUACAUACAUGUGCGUGCAAUUGUUCUUGGAACAGCUCUGGGAAAUUGUGUUGGACUCCUGUGAUAAAAUCUACUUUUCAGCAAUCUGUUCCUCUCUUUUAAAACUCACUUUGGGCCAAAACAAAAUGUCAGUAAGACUUCACUGAAAUUAAAUUUUUUAAAUAAUUGGCAUUAGACGUAGUUGUCAUUUGUCCAACAAACUUAAGCUUGUGUUCUCUUUAUUUUAAGCUUGAUGUUUCAGCAAGUUUGGUACAUUUUUUGUUUUGGUUAACAGUAGCCCCACUAUAAAGAAAGCUUUAAAAAAAAGGCACAAAACCAGACACAAAAGACUCAUUCCAUGGUAUUUCACCCAGCAAGGGUAGAGGGGUGAUUUAACAAUACCAAACUACUUGCAUAUUGUAUAAUUGAAUGUUCUUAUUAAGGUCAUAAGUGUUUCUAGAUUUACAGUGUUUACUGUAAGAACUGAAAGGCAUUUACUGUGUUUGUGUCUCAGCCUUUCUGAGCUGGUGCAGGUAACUCCAGCUGUUCCAUAAUGUUGCUGUUACCCCAGCAGUUCCCAAACUGGGAACCUGUGGUGGAGCAGACCAGUGGUGAGUGGCUUCUGAAGGAGGACGUAGUACUGUAACCAGCUGCGGUGUGAGACCCAGGCUGCUUGGAGGUCAGCGGGGGCAACUGUGAGCAAGCAGAUCCCCUUAGGAGGGGUAUGUGGUACAAAUAAUUUGGGAAAUGUACUCGUUUAGUUUCUUACUUUCCUGGUAGUUAAGGAAAGGAGAAACAGUGGUUUCCCAGUCAGCCCAUGAGUAAUGUUACUUUUCACUUACAGCCUGUAGGUUUCUGUGCAGUCUCCUGCCAGGAGAUGGGAUGGAGCUGAGUUCAGGGCCCUUGACAGGCAUUUGUUGCAGAAGGGGCUGAAUUUGUUGAAGAUAUUUACUCUAAGCACAGCUGUGGUAGCAAAACAUACCAUAAAAGAGUUUCCUAAUCUAGUUCAGAAUCCAAAGACUGAGCUAGCCCAACCCACCUUGGUCUAACUAAGCUGGCUUGCUUGCUUGAAGUUGAUAAGUAGCAGUCACAAGGGUUUUGCUGGCAGCUGUGGGGGCAGUAACUGGGGGUGGUGAGAGCAGCUGAGACUGACACAAAGCUCUGCAAGCCUUGUCCAAGCUUCAGGCUAUGGCGAGUUCCCUGACAAACAGAGUUUGUGCUCAGGAGUUUGUCUGGAAUCCCAAAAACUGCGUGGUUUGAGCGUGCUUUAGCUGAUCCUUGUGUUGCUUACAGGUUGUCUUCGGACGAAAACUUACAUCCUUCUCAACAAUAGCACUUAACCAGUUGCAGCAUGAGAAGAAAUACGACAUUUAUUUUACAGAUGGAGAUGUUUAUGCACUGUACAGGAAGCUGCUGCAGCACGAAUGCUCUUUGUGUCCAGAUGUGAAGCCAUUCAACACCUUUGCAGAUCUGGAACAGCACAUGAGGAAGCAGCAUGAGCUCUUCUGUUGCAAACUCUGUGUUAAACACUUAAAGAUUUUUACUUAUGAGCGGAAAUGGUAUUCUCGUAAGGACCUUGCCCGUCACCGUAUCCAUGGAGACCCAGAUGACACCUCUCAUCGUGGGCAUCCCCUGUGUAAAUUUUGUGACGAGCGUUAUUUGGAUAACGAUGAGUUACUGAAACACCUAAGACGAGAUCAUUAUUUUUGUCAUUUCUGUGACUCCGAUGGCGCUCAGGAAUACUACAGCGAUUACGAAUACCUUCGUGAACACUUCCGUGAAAAGCACUUCCUUUGUGAAGAGGGACGGUGCAGCACGGAACAGUUUACCCACGCUUUCCGCACAGAAAUAGAUUACAAAGCACACAAAACAGCCUACCACAGCAAGAACAGGGCAGAAGCCAGGCAGAACCGGCAGAUAGACCUUCAGUUCACCUACGCUCCCAGGCACCAGAGGAGGAACGAGGGUGUUAUAGGUGGAGAGGACUAUGAAGAAGUUGACAGGUACAACAGGCAAGGGAGGUCGGGCAGGUUGGGCAGCCGAGGAAGUCAGCAAAACAGAAGAGGCAGCUGGAGAUACAAGAGGGAGGAAGAAGACAGAGACGUUGCGGCAGCAGUUAGGGCAUCUAUGGCAGCUAAACGGCAAGAAGAGAAAAAACGGGUAGAAGACAAAGAGGAGAGCAGUAGUAGAGGUAAAAAGGAGGACUUGAGGGAUUCUGAAGGGCUCAGCUCCAAACGUGUGCCAAAGUCAUCCGGUGAUGCUGCAGAAGCAGCUGCUAAUGGUGCUUUGAGCCAAGAUGACUUUCCAGCAAUUGGUUCAGCAGUGGGACCUCUACAAGGCUCUGCCCAGCUAUCGGCAGUUAAGCUUAAAGAAGAAGAUUUCCCAAGCUUGUCAUCCUCUGCAGCACCCACCAUCUCUUCUGGGAUGUCUUUGACUUAUACAGCAACUGCAAAGAAAACGGCUUUUCAAGAGGAGGAUUUUCCAGCUCUGGUGUCCAAAAUGAGGCCUAACAAUAAAACAGUAACUAACAUCACGUCUGCAUGGAACAAUGGUUCCAGUAAAAAUGUGGUCAAAGCCAUUAGCAACCCCUGUGUAAACCAGAUAACCAAAAAACCAUCCUCCUUGAGCAGCACUAAAGGAAGUAAGAAGAGCAAUAAACUCUCUCAGUCAGAUGAUGAAGAUGGCAGCGGUGGCUUGACAACCCAGGAGAUCAGAAACACGCCAACAAUGUUCGAUGUAUCGUCCUUGCUGGCAGCUUCUACCUCACAAACUUUUACGAAAGUGAGCAAGAAAAAGAAGAUGGGGGUUGAGAAGCAGAGACCGUUGUCCCCACACCCAUUACAGGAGACGUCAUUUCCCAGGACGUCGGCGGAGAAGCUUCCGGAAGCGGAGCAGACAUCGAACGCAUCCUCUGCUCUUCACACCCCUGACAGAUCUGCCACGGUCCUGAAUGGCCAUUUGGAAAAAUCGUCAGUGGUCUGUAGUACACCCAAAGAGCCCCCUGGCCUUAAAAAGCCCACAGUGACUAAGAAAUGCCCUUUACCUCAGGAAGACUUCCCAGCUCUUGGGAGCUCAGGAUCUGCUCGAAUGCCCCCGCCACCAGGCUUUAACACUGUGGUGCUAUUAAAGAGUCCUCCUCCACCUCCGGGACUGUCGGUGCCUGUUAGUAAACCCCCUCCAGGUUUUGCUGUUAUUCCAUCCACCAGUAUCUCUGAACCUGUCACUACAUCUUUGAAAGAGUCAAAAUCCUGUCAUGGAUCGUACUUGAUACCUGAAAACUUUCAGCAAAGGAACAUUCAGCUAAUACAAUCUAUUAAAGAAUUUCUUCAAAGCGAUGAGUCCAAGUUCAAUAAAUUUAAAAGUCAUUCUGGGCAGUUCAGACAGGGUCUGAUUUCUGCAGCACAGUAUUACAAAAGUUGCCGAGAACUGCUGGGAGACAACUUCAAGAAAAUUUUUAACGAGUUGUUGGUGUUGUUGCCGGACACAGUUAAGCAACAAGAACUGCUUUCUGCUCACAACGAUUUCAGAAUCAAAGAAAAACAAAGCUCAAACAAAUCCAAAAAGAACAAAAAGAAUGUUUGGCAGACGGACUCCAACUCUGAUCUCGACUGCUAUAUCUGCCCAACGUGUAAGCAAGUACUGACUCAGCAGGACGUUGUCACCCAUAAAGCUUUGCAUAUCGAGGAUGAGGAGUUCCCGUCCUUACAGGCCAUCAGCAGAAUCAUCAGUUAGCUUUCUCGAAGACCAAUAAAACAAUAAAAAGUCUCUCUCUCUCUGGAUCUGCACUUUUUGGAAUGAGGUUUGGCAGUGUCGCGUGGCUGAGCGCCGGUGCCAGCGGAGCGGUCGGGUCCCUCUUAGAGCCCUCUCAGUGCUGUUGGUCGAGGCCGGGCGAAGGGAGCCCCAGCCUGCGCUAACGAACACCCGAGCGGCCCCAGCGCCCCAGGGAGGCCGGAAUGGCUGUGGGGGCAGGCAGGGCACCUUCCUCCUGUAACAGGCAAUAGCUGAGAAAAUCCUUUCUGAUCUGAAGACUGAAAGGGGACACAAUA